AUGGGAGAAGACAACACAGAUGUUAAGGAGGACUCUAAGGAACGUACUUUGGUACUCUGGGAGAAACAAUUUCAGCAGACCAUAUUUGUAGACAUCAGUGACAAUGAUGACAGCCUCCAUUUCAGUCAUCUACAGAGCUCCAUCACCAUGCAUGUUUCACACAGCUUGGCUGCAUCUAGCGGUCUGUCUGGUUCAUCCAAGUUUGUAGAAGACUCUGCUAAAAGCUCCUUCUACAUCAGUAGCAAUAAUAGAGAUUAUAGCAACAAAAGCAAGGUGAAAAGAAAUGAAAUGAAAGUUUCAGUCCCACAGCCUCACACACUACCAGAGCAGAUGAGGUGGACACAUGAAGAAGACAACACAAGUGACGAAGACCAGGAGGAGCUCCCAUAUGAUGGAAAGCAGCAAUAUAAUUGCAGCAAUAGUCUCAAACAGGGUAACCACAGCACUGAUGCUUUUACCACUCUCAGAAGCGGUGACAAGUUGGUCAGUGGUGGUAUUGUCAACACCAUUUGUAGAAAACCUGUAUUUGCAGAAAAAUAUCACCAAGCUUCUAUCCCAGACUUUCUUGCCAGGCAUUUUUCUUUUGAUGAGUUGUUCAACUGUGGCAGACUGAUUGAGGCUGAGACUAUGCCGGAAGUUUCACUGAUGGACAGCAUAAAUGAAACAACAAGAAAAACUUCACCCAAACCACACAGCACUACAGAAAAACACAGUAUAAAGUUCAAAACCAGUGUUUUUGAGCUCAACAGGGAUGAAAACCUUACCACAUUAGAGGUAACAGACUCAAAGGCAAAGUCUGCAGGAACAGAAACACAUGACAGUAACAAAGAUAACGAGGUGUUAAAUCAGUCAGACUUCUCAGAAAAAUCCAAAUCAUACUCCAGUAGUAGUAUACACUCUAGUCCUGGUACUCCAUUAGUGGCAACUGAAGAUGAGAAAGAAGUAGUGGAGAAUAAUCUACAACAAAGCUGUAGUGUCAAGCCUCCUAAACUACAUGAAAUAGACACCCGGACUAUUAAAUCUUCUUUGGGAAAGACAUCGUCAUCCAAUGAACUAAAAUAUGGACAGGGCCAGGUGCACUUCCCUCUUCCUGACUUCUCCAAAGUGGCUCCCAAAAUCAAGUUCCCCAAAAAUGAUGGCGUUUCCAAGCCUGGCUAUGUCCCAGCUACGAACAGAGCUCAGACAACACAGGACAUCCCCAGUAUAUUAUCUUCUCCCUGUAAAGCCGAUGUCAUCAGUAGAGUUUUGGAAGACUCUGACUGGCUGCCCGAAAAGCCAAAAAUGGACAAAGAUGAAAUGUUGCAGUCCAUAUUUGAUCAGGAAUUACAGAAACAGUAUUUCACUGAAACAAUAAUCUCAAAACUUUCGAGCAAAAAAAAAGAAGACAUCCAAGACAGAAAAGACGAUUUCAAGGCUGUGCCACACACUUUCCCGUCGACUAAAGAAGGGUUUGAUGAGAAGAAGAUCCAGAGCUGUCUAUCUAAACAGAAGAGUCAAACUGAGGGCUACAGGCUCACCGUUGAGCUCAAAGACAUUAUCAACCACUUUAAAGUGCAGGUGGAGGAAUUCGAAAUAUGCAUUAACAACAUGUCGAUGACUGUUGAAGAACAGAAAACGGUAUUUAAGAGCAUGAUGGAAGCUCAGGAUCAGCUGGAGCGGAACUACAUGAGAAAAAAAGAGGAGCACAGAACACUGGAGUUGCAGAAUUAUAUGGGUUUCAAAAGGAAUACAGGGAAGUUUGAUCCUGACAGGUUAGUGGAAGGGGAGAUAUUUAAGCUUGGCCUGCACCUGGAGGAUAUAAAGGAACAGAUAGACAGAAAUGUUUACCGUGCGCUCUCUCCUUCACCCUCCACCACUCCUGCUUCUCCACUGCAUGAAGAGUAUAUAUCAUCCUCCUCACUUCAGCCACCACCGCAAAAGGAAUCAAUCUCCAGGUGUUCCAGUAAAAGCAGCACAAAGGAUAAGGCAGAAGAAAGUUAUAAGGAGAGUUAUGGGACUGUAGAUUCACCCCUUGGCUGCCCGAGAGAGAACAACCUCAGCAGAUGUCUUGAUACAGAUGACUGGAUCGCCUCUGAUGCUGAGCACAGAUUGGAAAAAGGGGCAGACUGUGAUGCAUCUGUUGACAAUGAAGUGCCAGAUGUCUUUCUUCUUACUCACAGAAGCAGACAUGCUCACUCUAGACAUCACACCAACAGAAUGUCACAUGACUCAAACUAUUCUUUUCCAGUUUCAUUACAAAACCUGGCUCCAGAUACAUUUCAAUCCAGGCAAGGGGAUCAUUAUCGAAGAGCAAGUAUUGCACCAACCAUUGCCAUUACAUCAAACACUCUUGGCAAUAUUACUAGUUCUGGUGUUUUCAAUAAAAGCAGAAAAAACAGAAACAUCGCCUACAUGAAACCCUCCUACAGUCUGCCUUUUAGUUUCAAGAUUCAGGAUCAGCAAUCAGAACCAGGUGUGACCAGCAUGAAGUGCUCUAUUCAGGCAGACUCAGCACUUCAGCCAAAUAACAUUUACUUCUACAGGACAGAAAAUGUGGUGCAUAGAGUCAAGGACGAGGCAAUAAACACAACUAUAGAUAAAGAUCGGGAUGCAGCUUCACUAAUGAAGCGGAUUACUGACCACAUGGCUAAAACUCUAUCGGCAGAUCUGACCAAGGCUCAGCUCUACAGGAAGUUACAUCUCAGGAAACAGGAAAUGACUUGACAAUUUGUCAUUUCACACUCUUUCACAUUCAGUCACCAGAGAUUCAAG